AUGCCGGCGACGCACAAGAAUCCUUCGCGGGUGAGGGCAGGCCAGGAGAAGGAGGUGGCACAAAGUCAACGCCAUCGCGGUCCUCCGCGCCAAGCUUGGUAUGGUCCGCGUCGGGUGAACUUUGCAAAGAGGCUGCUGGCUGCAGCGUCGCAGCACGGGGGAAAUUUGCGUGACGACGUGACGAGAACCGUCACCGUCACAUGUUCCGCACUCGAGUCCAAGGUGCAUACCCUCCCUUCGCUGCCAUGGGCCGAUGGUUACGGGACCUGGUUCCGGCUCAAGGGCACCGAGGCACACCAACCAACCGGGAUCGAGCCCCGGAGGCAGCUUGCUGUUGGCCCAGAAGCGACCAAGCCUCCCCUGCUUCAUUUUGCUCGCUCCCCAUGCCAGAAAUUAAAGCCGGCCGGGCCUGCCGCCUUCGGGUUCGCUCCACCACUGGACAAUAUCCCCCGAUUGGCUGGUGGCGUCCGAAACAAGGAAACAUGGAACGGCGCCUCCCCCCUUCUGGUCUCGGGAGCCAGCCUGUGCUCUGGCUUCCUUUGGGGCUGAUGAUGAUAUGAUGGGUAGGUGACAGGAUCGCGUCGGCGUCAUAUUUUAGCUUGGAGAUAAAAUUUGAGACAUCACAAAUCAGGGAGAAUGAAAUCCUCCAUCACACACAACGUGUGUGUUUGUGUGUGUGUGCGUGCCGCUCGUAUCCUCCCGGCUA